AUGUCGCAACAACAUGCCAGCCCCGUCGUAACGGUCGACGAGCUGCGAAUCUCUCCGCCGCGGGGAUCAGUUCCCGCCACUUCCCUCCGGCUAACCCUGUUCGACAUAUCGUGGAUAAUCUGCCAUCCGAUUCAACGAGUCUUCUUCUACGAUUUCCCGCAUUCCAGUUCCCAUUUCCGGCAAACAACCAUCCCCAGUCUCGCCGAUUCCCUCUCCCUGGCGCUUAUUCAUUUCUACCCUCUCGCCGCCAGGCUCGUCACCCCGACGCUUUCCGACGAGAGGGCUCGCAUAUUUUACUCAGAUGGCGACUCUGUUUCGCUCACCGUCGCCGAGACCGGUCUCCAAUUCGACCGUGUCAUCUCCGACCUGCCAAGCGACGUUGAACUGCUCCACCCUCUGCUGCCCAAACUUCCUCCCAACGACAGACCGAAUUCGGAGGGCGAAACCUCGUCCCCGCUUCUCGCCGUGAAGGUCACUCUGUUUCCGAACUCCGGCAUCUGCAUCGGGUUCGAGUUUCGCCAUGUGGCGGCUGACGGGCUGGCUUUCAACCAUUUCGUGAAAUCCUGGGCUUCAAUUUGCAAGUCCGGUGGCGGGGACUUGAGCUGGGUCGAAAAGUCUCCGCCUUGCCACGACCGAGAGCUGAUCGAGGAGCAUACAGAGCUCGAGAAUUCGAUUCUGAAAACCAUAGGAAACUAUGCAUCGCAUUGGGAUGAGGGUUCCCGCCAACGAAUGCUUGCCGGCAAGGUCCGCGCCACAUUCCGGAUUGACGGCGAGCAUAUUAAGAGGAUGAAAGCUUCUCUGGCCAACCACAAUGGCAGCAGCAAACAGUCGACGCCGACGUCAGCGUUUACGGUGGCGAGUGCUCUUCUGUGGACCAGUUUGACGAAAUCCCGAGAACCCGAAUUCGUCGCUGCCAGCAGCGACGAAUUCAAUUCAGGGGAGGAUCACAUUGAUUGCUACGUAAUUCUGGUGGAUUGCAGGGGGCGCCUCAAACCCAAACUACCGGCGACUUACUCCGGCAACUGUCUGUCGGGAAUCCAGGUGCUGGUGAAGCGAAGCGAUUUGAUCGGAGGCAACGGGUUUGCAAUUGCAGCCAGAGUAAUCGCGUCGAAGAUCAGGGAGAUGGAAGCUGAGGGACCGUUGAGGAGCGCAGAGAAGUUUUUCUCGUUUUCAGGAUGGCAGGAAAUAAUGAAACAGGGGAACAUCCUGUCGGUAGCUGGGUCGCCGAAGCUUGGGGUCUACGAAACCGAUUUCGGGUGGGGAAACCCGAGGAAGUCAGAGCCGGUUCAUGUCGAUUUCUCUGGCUCGGUUUAUUUCUCGGACGCCAGGGAUAAGGAGAAAGGCGGGAUUGAGUUCGGGUUGGCGCUGAGCAAGGGUGAACUGGAUGCUUUCGCAGCAGCGUUUGAGCAGCAGUUGAGACGGUUCAGUGAGUGA